AUGUCCCAACAAAUGAAGAAGAAUGACAACCGUAUCCCAUCCCACCCCAUCCGAGUUGGUUUUUUGGGCGAAGCGGGUACCCAGGCGUUGACCAAAAUGAACGGCAGCAAAGGUUUUAUUUCACAUCACGCAUCCAUCACCACAUCCGGAAUGAAUGGCGGAGCACCCUUCGAAAAUCCCAUCCAAAUCACGUCUUAUGGAUCUCAGUCUGACACCUUAGCUUCUAAGAACGUUUACUCGAUGAAUUGCAAACUCAUCGGUACCAACGACAGCAAUGACGACCAGCUUCACUUUGAGAACGCCAAUCGUGUAAAUCUUGGAUCAGUUGACAAGUUUGGCAACUUUUUUGUUGGAGAGCUGAUUGACAAGAUAACCAUGUCAGCGUUAGGAAUCGUGGUCGCUCGAGAAAUGAUCACCGAUUCUGCUUUCAAAGGCAAAAGCACGGUUGUUGUAACUCUCAAGUCGACUGACUAUGAUCCAAUUACAAAAGGCCCGGUUAGUUGGCAUACCAAGCAUUACAUCCCGCCUGUGCGCAACAUGGAAAAGGCUCAAAGUCUUUGUCAGCUUGGUUGCGAAGUCCUCCUCACCGGCCAAAUUAAGGACUACAAUUCCAACCUUUUUAUGUGGGAAAACGAAGUGCAUGCUAUCAGCAUUUGUCACGGUGAAAUAUCGUUACCUACAGUUCCCUCAUCUCGAGGUACCGGGGGCCCCAGUGGUGGUCGAGUUCCGCUGUCGCUUAAUCGAAAUGGAGCCAGCAGCGUUGCCAGCACCUCCUCCCAAAGGCUCGACCCGCCGUCCUCGCAAAGCGUUAGCUCGGAUAAUCGUGAUCCACUGUAUUCAUCGUUAUUUGGUGGAGUUGAGGAGCCACAAGAUGACGAAGCCUCUGCCAGCGAGUGCGACACUCCUCUGGUUGAGAUAAGCAAAUCUGCCGGCAAACGAGCCAGACGGGGAUAG